ACAAAAUUCGAACAGUCCAUAGAAAGAAGGAAGGAAGAAGAAGAAGAUGAUGACGCCAGUGUGCCCAUUCGCGAAAGCCGGUCGGCCAUCAGAGCCAAGCAAGAAAGAGACCUCAGCUGACACCGCUACAAUUCCCCCAAAAUGCCCCUUGGGUUACGAUUCUCAGACCUUCAAGCUUGGCCCUCUCAGCUGUAUGAUUUGCCACGCUCUUAUGUUCGACUCUGCCAAAUGCGUCCCUUGUUCUCACUCCUUCUGCCAAGCUUGUAUAUCAAGUUUCAAGGACUGUCCUUUGUGUGGAGCUGACAUUGAGAAGAUUGAAGCCGACUCCAAUCUUCAGGGUUUGGUGGAUCGCUUCAUUGAAGGCCAUGCCAGAAUCAAGAGGUCUCAUAAUGCAGAGGAUAAUCAGGAUUCAACAAAUGACAGUAACAAGAAUGAGGAUAAGAAUAACAAGAGAGUUAUAUACGAAGACGUGUCUUUGGAGAGAGGGGCUUUCUUGGUGCAACAGGCCAUGAGGGCAUUCCGAGCCAAGAAUAUAGAAAGUGCCAAAUCUAGACUUAGUCUUUGUGCAGAAGACAUCAGAGGUCAGUUAGAAACGAUGGGUAACACAUCAGAGUUGUGUUCUCAGCUUGGAGCGGUUCUUGGGAUGCUUGGCGACUGCUGUCGGGCUGCAGGAGACGCUGUUUCUGCAGUCAGUUACUUUGAAGAGAGUGUUGAGUUUCUUUCAAAACUGCCAAGAAAUGAUUGGGAGAUAAUGCAUACACUCUCUAUUUCACUUAAUAAAAUUGGAGAUCUCAAAUAUUAUGACGGAGACCUCAAAUCUGCACGAUCUUACUACUUCCAGUCGUUGAAUGUUCGACGUGAUGCUGUCAAGCAUGAUCCAAAUGUUCCAUCCCAGAUUCUGGAUCUAGCUGUUUCAUUUGCAAAAGUUGCAGAUGUUGACAGGAAUCUAGGGGACGAGGAUGUGGCAGUUGAUGAAUUUGAAGAAGGCAUAAAAUUGUUGGAAUCUUUGACAUUAAAAUCCGAAGAGAGUGCCCUUGAGCAACGGCGGCUUUCAGUGAUGGAGUUCCUUAAAAGUCAAGUUGCGGAGAAGCAAACAUCUGACGUCAGUUCUGCCCCUGAAGAAAGAACCGCAGAGAUCUAGUAAAAUAAGUUCGCUUUGCUUCAAUAUCCUAAUGAGCUUUGGUUAGGUAAGCAAUAAAGUUCCGUUAGCACAGUCAAUCUGAGGGAGAUUGAUUGCUGCGGUGGCUAUUGUUCCGUACUACUUCACUGAUUGAUGCCUCCAUAGACGUACCACUCAGUUGUAUUGUAUAUAAAAGAGUCAUCUACUAUAUAAUGAGCCAGAGCACUGUUUUUCCGAUACUUCUCAUUCCGACCUUCCCUUUAUCUGUGCAUUAUUGUUGCUUUGUCCUCCUAAAAUCCCACUUUGGCACUACAUUGUAUUCAUGUUUAGACUUCACCUCCCUUUACUUACCCGCUAUGGUUUCGGAAGAUUUUCGGAAGAUUGUUGUAACUCUCUAUAAAUUCAACAAAUAAGAGAAUCUCCAUGUAUUGUGUA